GACUGCAUUUCCUGAACCAUACGCUAGGGCUCGUUUUUGUGGAACGGGAAUCACCCUGCUCCUGCACUAUGGCUUCUCUGGGCACCGGCGGGCCGAAAGAAUCGACAGAAUGGGAUGACAUUCUAAAGUCGAAAGGCAUCAUUCCCGAAAAAACGCAGGAAGAGCUCGCCGAGGAAGCUCUAAAAGAGCUCGUAGAGGAUACAGUUGAGAACUACGACCCCCACGAAGGAAAGAAAAUCGAAACGCUCGAAGAGGAAUUGGAAGAGGCAGACUCGGAUGAAGAGAAAAUCCUGCAGCAAUACCGGGACAAGCGUAUCGCACAAAUGCGUGAAGAAGCGAUGAAACCAAAAUUUGGCCCUGGUGUUACCUAUGUCUCUGCAAGUGACUGGAAAUCCGAAGUGACAGAAGCGCGAGGAAGCAUUUACGUCGUAGUACACCUGUUUGCACCAUCUCUAGAGGGAUGUAAAGUGAUGGAUGCCAGGUUGUUAGAACUCUCUGCGAAAUUCCGCUCGACGAAGUUUUUGCGGUGCAAGUCUAACGACGCAAUCAAGAAUUACCCGGACAGCAAAUGCCCAACUCUUCUUGUCUAUAAGGAAGGCAAAGUACUCAAACAAUUUGUGGGCCUGGGGGCCUUCGGGGUGAAGACUCCUGUCGCGGAUGAUAUCGAAUGGGCGCUGCACAAAAUCGGUGCGGUUGAGUCUGAAAUGGUAGAACCGCCGAAGGCUGACGCAAAGCGCUUCAACUUGAGCCGAUUCUAAUCAUCGGAAAUGAUGUAGGUAAAUAAAUAUAGGGUCAAAGUGUA